AGUCGGCAUUCCGAAAUCGGACUGUUUCGUUCAGUGAUUCAAUCAGGGCCCGUCUAUUCCCAAUUAAACUUGCGUUGAUUGUAAAAAUAAAAUAAAAUGAAACCGAAUGCGAAUUUUUUCCGGAUUGUUCUCGUCACGUUGACUCUCGUUUACACCACGGCGAUUACGGAUGCUGCUUACGAAUAUUACGAUGGUUCCACUACGGCCGAGAUAACGACCAAAAUGAAUUGGAUGGAGGCCGAAAUCCAAAAAGCUAUGGCCUCCGGCUGUUCCAUCCAGAUGAACAGUUUGUCCACUUACAUCCAGACGCUCUGGUGGCCGCACAUCCAGUACCUGAUGGCGAGAAUUCCGCCCCAAGAGCAACUACAAGUCCAGCAGCAAUACGCUCGUCUCCAGUACAUGCUCGGGAUGAGGAAAUGUCCGUCGACUCAAGAAACUUUCUACCAAGGAGAGUGCCAUGAAAUCGGAGUCCCUGGUAAUCCCUGUCCAAGAAAUCAGCAACUCUACGACAGACCGGACAACAAUGGCUACUGCUACUGCCAACGGGGUCUGAGCGAUUUCGUUUACAUGGACGGCCAAUGUUACCAGCAAAACGAGCAGGGACCUUGUGACGACGACCAGUGGCUAGUGGUGAGGGAAGAUCGAACUCCCGCCUGCCAACAAGUACCUAGAGGAUGCCCAGCUGACGGCCAACACGUCUACUGGAGUUGCGGAGUUAAUACCGAAUGCCAGCGUCAAACACGGAGGAAUUCGAUGGGCAUGUGCAGCCGACUGGGCAGCCAACAACCUUCUUGCGGCGUCGGAGCCAAACUCUAUCGUACUGGAACCAAUUAUUACUGCGGAAGACCGAGAGUGACGGUCGACGACUGGGAGGAGCCCAACGUGAUUUUACCACCGCCCAGUUCAACGUGCAGCAACACAAGGGUAUAUUAUGUUGGAAAUGCUAGAAACCGACAGUGUCCUAUGGGCUAUAAUCGAGACUUGACUGGAAGGUGUAGGAAAAUUAUUGCAGCUCGAUAUUGAUUGGCAAAACAUUUUUAAUAUUUAGUCAAAUUGGUAGCAAAUUUGUCACAAAAGUCACUGAAAAAUGUCAAUCACACAUUCUGGCCAUUGUGGAUAAUAUCAGUAAAAUAAACUCUUGUUACCCGUAGGAAAGGAAAGAUUGAAAAAAAGAGGAGACCAGACUUUCCUUUCCUCCCUAUUCUUCCCUCGGGCACGAUUAACCCGAAAAGCCUAAAUUCAUGUACUGUGGGGCGAGCCAAAUAAAAAUCUUCCUAACUCCGCAUUUCAUUGGGCACGCAAUGCAUUGUCCAUUGGGGUCCGCUAGAUGACUCUUUCAUCAUUGAGUAAGUAAGUCCAAAAAUCGUCUGCUACGUGUAAUCGAAAGUUAACUUUCUGCCAAGUUGAAAACAAUAAGUCAUGUUCCGAACUUCCGAUGAAAAAUAGUUUUAGUUUCAUUUCUAGGUAAGGGAGAACUUACUACUUACUAGUUCAUUUAACAUACAUCCGUUACUCCUAUUAAACAAUGGUCUCCACUUGCAUUAAUAUCUACAAUAGAAUCGGUUAAGUACAGUGCAAAUUCCUUUGAAUUUCAUAGAAACGAAUGAAAUUAUUCCCACGUUUGUUCUUUAGCUAUAUGCAACUUUCUUUUCCAGCUGACUAUUUUAGUUUCUUUCUUCAUUUUAAUGACACUUCAAUUUCAGACAAUGCCCCUUCAAAGAAAAUAAUUUCCAGCCAGCCUUUGUUUUAAACUUUCGUUCCAAUUUUAAACAGAAAGUGUUUCUAAAACGUUUCCUUGUCAGCAAUUUGCAACUUUGGGUCCAUUCACUUGUGAACGCAUCCUUGAUUAGUCGAAACUGGUCAUAUUCCGUCCAAAUCUUAGUCGCUUUGUUGCUCAUUGCUCUUCUAGAAUUUCCCAACAAUCGACAAUGUUGUUGUAACAUUGUCUUCAACUGUUAUUUACUACUAGAUAUUGUCGCCAUCGGAUUGGCACGUAAAGAAAAGAUAUACAGAAUUUACUGCUCGAUCUCGAUGUUUUCACAAAUAUGAGCAUGAUUUUUAACUAACGGCUGUAAGAUGCUGAUGAAUUCAUUUGAAAAUUUUAAUUUGGUUUAAUUUGAAUGUUUGAUUAGAUAUAGUCGUCACUUCCUGUGAGAUUGGAGCAUCCCGGAGAAUCGGGACACCAACGGACAUCAUGAGCGAUCAUGAGAAUGAACUUUUGAAGACGAAUCAGCUGAUGGAGUUCCUUCCAAACAUUAAUAA